AUGGCUGAAGCUGUCAGGAUCUACGCAGAAUGCUCGAGGAUUCCGCAUCUUGCACUCUCCAUAUCUGCCAAGCGCGCAGCUGCUCGCUCCACGACGGCAUGUCUCAAUCAGCGGCAGCUUUUUUCGCGUGCAGUCGGGCGAUCCGAGCGGUCCGCACCUCGACAAGCUGCGAGGGCUACUCAUAGUUCCUCUUGUGGUCCUCCCUCACGCAGACAUGCCUCCACGAAGCAGACCGUCCCGAAAUUGAACGUCCCCCGACCAGGAUUGUCGCAACCGCAACAUAAAUCCAGACCAACCCUCCUCGACCGUGCGACCGCCCAAGAUGCCCUCGACGCCCUGGCCGCCCAGAACAGGAGACAGCGCAUCCACAUGUCCUCCAACACCUAUUUCUGGAUCACCUCGCUGUUUGGCUUCCUCCUCUCCACCUACGUUGCCUACACCUAUAUGUCCUACGCGCGCUCCGUGAAGGAGUACGAGAAUCUGGAUCUGCCGCAGAACGCCGACGUCUCUUCGCGAUGGAUGGAUCUUUCGAGAAACUUCGACGACGAGGUCGAGUUGUCAGAGAAGCUCAUGUUUCUGAGGAGCAAGAGGGAGAAGUUGUGCAGAGAGGCUCGGGGCAACGUGCUGGAAGUCAGUGCAGGCACGGGCAGGAAUAUGGAGCUCUACCGCUUAGACCCUCUCGUCACGCCGGAAGACAAGAGGGUGCAAAGCUUGACGUUCAAUGAUCUGAGCGAGAUCAUGCUGUCCCAGGCGCAGAAGAAGUUCGAGAAGCUGCAGGAAAGGGCGAAGGACAGGAGAAGAUUUUCGGGGCCGGUGCAAUUCGUGGUCGGCGACGCAAGUGACAAAAACCUCAUCAAGAGGCCCGAGGGCGGGUUUGACACAAUCAUUCAGACCAUGGGGAUUUGCAGCGAGACCAACCCGGUCGCAUUUCUGCGGCAGCUGGGAGAACUGUGCCGACAGCCCGGGGAGAAGAGCGCGGGUGUCGACAUGAAGAUCAUCGAAAAGGAAUCUCAGCAGUAUCUCGAGGAUAUCAAGAAACGUAGGGAUCAUGGUAUCUCAGAGGCAGAGCAGCAAAGGCAGCAAGAAGAGGACGCACUUGUCGCCGAGUACGGAGGGGAUCUGGGUGGGAAGAUCCUCCUCCUCGAACACGGCCGGUCCUACCUGGGACUCCUCAACCGGGUGCUGGAUAACGGGGCCAAGAUGCACGCUGACCACUAUGGGUGCUGGUGGAAUAAAGACAUCGAGCAAAUCGUCCGGGAUAGCGGGCUGAUCGUGGAGCGGAAAAGGAGAUAUCACUUCGGCACGACGUAUGAGUAUGUUCUUCGGCCGAGACCGAAGCCCAGAAGUGAAACUGAGACAGAGGAGAAGACGGGAGAGAAGCUCCAAAAUGGAAAGAAUGUGGUCGUAGAUUUGAGUCAGGGUGUGCAAGUCAAGAGAUGGACGGGCGGAUGGUUUGGCAGAAAUUAA